CAGAUAGAGAUUGUGUCUGUUCAUCAAAAUGCGCAGCGCAUACCGAAGAACAUUGUGAGUCUGCGCGGAUAAGCGCAAAGCAAUGUCACUAAACAUAUAAUAUGGAGAGAGAUAUAUCCCAGUCAUCUACAGUUAUUGUUAACUAAUUUCCUUUAUUUAUUUAUUAUUAUAUAUUUUUUUACGUCAUCCUUCUUUUUUUAAAAUAGCUAUACAAUUUCAUAUCCACUCGGAUGGGUAUGGCUUGCACGUCAUGAGAAUCGUAACGGAGGGAGACUCUACGAUGCAAGAAGCCUGCUGAACUCACGAAGUUUUCGAGCUGUCUGGAAACCGGAGUAUUUUUUUUUGCGCCAUGAAAGCGCACGCUGCAGUUUGUUCUAGACAUCUCGCGAAACCACGAAGAGGAGCUAAGUGAUCUAUCCUCAUCACAUCGUUUCACAUCCUCUGUUUUCUGUUGCAAUGGUCCUGUGAUGAUCUGGACUAGGAUAGCAACAUUCCUGUACACCACUGCUUUGCACUUCCCUGGAAUAUCGGUACAGUAGCCCAGACGCAGACAAGACUAAUUCAUUGUUUGAGAUAUAAUGAUGGCCAGUAUGAAGCAACCCCAACACCUGCUCUCAGCGCUUACACUACUUCCUUUGAUAUUGUGCAUGCACCCAGACUGUGUCAUGCAGCUAGAAAAAGAGAAAUGCAUGGAGCGGAAGGCCAUGGACAACCUUGGCAGCAGUAACCCUGAAUAUGUGUGCCAGUGGAUGUGGGAUAACCUGACGUGCUGGCAACCAGCUAAAAUGGGUGAUGUGGUAUGGAUGCCAUGCCCUGAGCUAUUUGAGGUCAUGAGUGAGGAGUAUGAUGAGUUUGCAAAGGUGAGUCGGAACUGCACGGAAGAGGGCUGGUCAGAGAUGUUCCCCCAUUAUGUGGAUGUGUGUCCUAUUGAUGACAACAGAACCAGUAUGGGAAAGUAUUAUGUUUCAGUGAAGGCCCUGUACACAGUGGGGUACAGCACCUCACUGAUUUCCCUCACCACUGCCAUGGUCAUCCUCUGCUGGUUCAGGAAGCUGCACUGCACUAGGAACUUCAUCCAUAUGAAUCUGUUUGUGUCUUUUAUACUGAGGGCAAUCUCAGUCUUCAUCAAAGAUGGGAUUCUGUAUGCUGAAGAGGACAGCAACCACUGCUUUACUCACACUGUGGAAUGCAAAGCAGUCAUGGUGUUUUUUCACUACUGCGUUUUGUCUAACUACUUCUGGCUCUUCAUCGAGGGCCUAUAUCUCUUCACUCUGCUAGUGGAGACUUUCUUCCCUGAGAGGAGAUAUUUCUACUGGUACACCGUCGUCGGGUGGGGAACCCCAACAGUGUGUGUGACAAUCUGGGCAGUUCUACGUGUCCAUUUUGAUAACAUUGGAUGUUGGGAUAUAAAUGACAAUGCUGCCAUCUGGUGGGUGAUAAAGGGACCUGUCCUUGCCUCUAUUAUGAUAAACUUUGUUCUCUUUAUUGGCAUCAUUAUAAUCCUUGUCCAGAAGUUGCAGUCUCCGGACAUUGGAGGAAAUGAAUCCAGCAUUUACCUGCGCCUGGCUCGCUCCACUCUUCUGCUGAUCCCACUCUUUGGUAUCCACUACACCAUCUUUGCCUUCACUCCUGAGGAUGUGAGCAAGAGAGAGAGGCUCGUGUUUGAGUUGGGUCUGGGCUCUUUUCAGGGAUUUGUUGUAGCUGUGCUGUACUGUUUCCUUAACGGAGAAGUGCAGUCAGAAAUCAAGAGGAAGUGGCGGAGCUGGACAGUGAACCGUUACUUUGCGGUGGACCUGAAGCACCGGCACCCGUCCCUAGCGAGCAGCGGCGUGAAUGGAGGCACACAGCUCUCCAUCCUCAGUAAGAGCAGCUCACAGAUCCGCAUGUCCAGCCUGCAGGCGGAGACGCCGGCCACGUGAGCUGCAGGCGCCCUGAGCAGACCUAUCCGAUCUGCAGCCACAGAGUCAGACUCUUCACACCUAGUGCUAUAGUAGUCCAACUCCACAGCCAAGUUUUUCUGCGUCCUCACCUGUUUGAGCUUGCACUGGGCGGGGCUAAGCCUAUACUUGGUGUCUGUCAUCACAACAGUGAGCUCCUGAAGUGCUUUUGAACCCCGGUACACCCCAUGCCUCUAGUGGUCGAGGAACUUGCAGGAGCCUCUCUCAGCUCAGAACCACCGACUUGGUUUAUGUUCAUGUUAAAUCCAGUGAGCCAUGGAAAUCUGAUGGGCCUGGUCAUUCGUCAACAGUGUUACUUUAGGCACAUAAAAAACUGCAUGAAUGUUUCAUGACCCUUAAUAGAAAAACUGUUGAUGACCUGCCAUGACCCUUACAUGACCUUUAGUUCAAAAGCUAUUGAUAACCUGCCAAGAGACGGCAGUCUAUACUGAUCAAAUGUGAAGAAUGUGAAGAAUUGAAUCCAUAAUUCAGAGGGCUAUGGAAAGGAGAAAGAAAUUGAUAUUUUCUUGUAUAUACCAUUACCACAUCAGUCCUAAUAAAUCGCACAUUUCCAAAAAUACAAAUAUUAUAAAAUUGGAUAUAUACAUCAUGCACUGGUUUUCUAUCCCAGGAUUUAGUCCUAAACUAGACUAAAAGGGUCUUUCAGUAGUGAACUGCAAUUUAAACCAAGACAAGGCUUAAACCAUGCCCAGGAAAGUGGCCCUAUCUGAUUUGAAUACAGUACAAAAAUAUGAGGUGAACAAGAUGAACUUCUGACCUCGUAAAGCUCAUUUAUCCCAUUGCAAUUUAUCCUAUUCUAGUCUGUCUGCAUGUGCAAAGUGGAUGUUUUCAAGUGCUCUUUCACUUAGGCUACACCAUCCUGCUUAGAAUAAUAUGGUCUUCUUGAUAAAUACCACUUCUCAAAUAAUUAAUGAGAGAAUAUUCAUCAACAAGCAGGGAAAAACAAUUGUGUGAAAAAAUUCAGAAACCCAGUGCAUAAUUUAUUGGUAUAUCACAUCUUAAGCACAGUGUUUGAAGAGAGUUUUAAGAGUUCUUAAGGCAGAGAGAAGACACACUCAUGUGACUUGCACUGCCAAUAAAAUUGUGAGAGAACUGAGAGGAGAAGCAGCUUAAAGGGUUUUCUUUUCCAGCCCUCAAUAUUCAAACUGAAGUGUGUCCAUUAGUGUAGAACUGUGAAAGUGCGUUUUUAGUAGCCACAUCUGAAAAAAAUGGGACUUGUAGUGUUCUUUGAUCACAUUGGCUAAAGCUUUGACGUCUACUUCAGCGGAAUAAUUACCGUUAUGAUGAGUACAAUGUGAAUGGAUGUCACUGGUAUUUUAAAUUACUAGGUGGCUUUUUCAAACAGACAUUAGUACAGACAAUGUCACCAAAGCAAGCAAAAAGCAAAACACCUCAUGAUUCUGAUUCAUGUGGUUAAUUCAGUACUGUUUGUAUGAAUUUAACUUCAACUCAUCCUUUUCAAUUCUUUAAACCAUUGGGGUCAUAUUUUUAGACAUGAUACCUUUGACAGCUAAAAUCAUUUGUCUAUACAAUGUAGCUUCAGCUACAUCAAAUAAAUUAUCAAAUUAUUGAUGUGUAAAUGAAAAAUGUCUUCUUCAUGUUCAUGAAAUUCAGCUAAUUUUAAGAUGGAUAUGACAUUUUUUUAUAUAAAGUUUUUAGAUUGUUACUUUGUGAUAAUAUCUAUGUGAUAACCACUUAACAUAAUACCACACCAGAGUAAUAGCUUCAUCAUCAUACUUAAAAUAACAUAAAAAAUCUUUAUACUCAAAUAUAGUAAAAUAAAAUCAUUUGUCAAUCAUUAUAUUCAAAAUUAAUAAACAUAUUUGGAUCUUUCACCCUAUACAGCCUGCAUUGCCGUACUUGUUUGCAAAGGCUCUGGAAGCUUUGCAGCAGAUGUCAUUUCAGAGGUCUAACAGGGAUCCUCAGAAGGUUGAGGUAAUCUUGAAAGUGCCUUUUGCACAAAAGGAAGAUAUGUACAGGCAGGAAAAGCCAAAACUAAACUGCAAAUACAUGGAACCGCAUUGUUCUGUAGAAGUCCUCUGUAUGUGCUUCACAAUGUUGACGUUUUGAAAACCAAGGGGCCUUUGGAGAAUGCAUGCUCUGUUUGUAAGCAUACAAUUAGACCUUUGACCUUUGAGAAAUGCAUAAAAUUAGCAUUUUUUUAAAAAUUGUAUAUGUUUUUGAUAUAGUGCACCAAAUUGGAUCACAUUUUUAAAUGUGGGAUAUUGCAUAUUAGAUUUAUUAAUGCAGCAUAAUUAAACAUUUUCCUUCUUAACAUUACACAUAAAAAACCACCACAGAUCAUUACUUUUUUUGGCUGGUAACCUUUAACAUAUUGGAGAAUCAAUACCUUAUAAAUUUUAGGAAUUUUUAUUAUGAACAAUAUUAUACAAAGCAUCAUCACAACACAAUGAACUGCCAUGAUAUACAAACAAAAACUGCAAAAUUAAGCUAAAUUUAAAUUAAUACAAACAGAAGAUGAAACAUAUACAACAUUAAAGAUUAUUUUAUAUGUGUACUAUUUAUUCUUGUGUAAAAUUACAACAUAUUUUAAUCCCUUUUCAAAUAUUGCUUAAUGUUAUCAUGUAUCUGAAUAAUUUUAUAUUUUAAUAAAUUCCAAGUAAAGCUAAACAAAAGUAGAAAUACUAAAUAGAUAAAUGAAAUAUAUUUUACGUUUUCAUAUCAGCCCAGAAAGUUGAUAAUCUUACAUACAUGGAAGAUCCCUUGUUACAUUCUCUGGUGUGUUUGGUAAUCAGAAGCAAUCAGAAGCAUCAGAAGCAUCCACAAAGUUCCCCAAAGUUCCCCAGUUUUUUAAGCCCCGCACCACAAGCCCUGAUUUCAGUAUUUAAGUUCCCCCAUUUUAAGCAUUUCAGUACAUUAUUGGAAUCUUCUGGAGUUGUACAUGACUGUAACAAUGAAAUUCUAUGAAAUUGUAAUUCAACUAUAUCCAAAUGAUUCGAUAGAUAUUUUUGAAGCAAAACAUUGAGUGUCUUGAAACCUUUUUUGUGUUGUACAAUACUUACAAUAAUAUCCUGCUGUCAUGUCCCUUUUAAUGAAGAUCUCAACACCUAACAUUUUGAAGUCAUGUUUUGAUAUGAGGUGUGCCACAGGUAUCUGUUUCCUUUGGAUGUUGAUGUCAAAAAUAUUAUUCAAUCAAUACAUUUCAAGAACCUAAUGUUCUAGACAAUAGUUAUAGUGUAAGUAUUAACAUUUACCUUGUUGUGGCCCACUACAUGUGGUGAAAUUGCUUUAAGUGCAAUAUUAUGUAUUGUGCUACUGUAGUAGUAUCGACAUAGGUAGUUAUUUACAUUUUUUCUGUGCUAAAAUAAUGUUUUUGGUGUUUUGGUAGUGUUGUUAAACUGUAUAGCCUGUAGUAUUGAUGCCUUUAAUCUUGAUGCAUGCAUCUCCUGUUAUUUGGUGCUUUUCUCAGCAAACAAAACUUGUAGUUCACUGAUUAUAUUGAUGUUUUGAAGUAUAUGUUUCAUCUCAGAACACAGCUGUCAAAUUAGAAUCUAACAUGUUGGAAGAAAAGCUGUAAUUAUGAAUGGAUUCAGGCAAGUGUUGCUGAUAACUCUGACUGUCAUUUUCAUGACAUCAGUGGCAUGUUGCAAGAUGCUGUUCUGAAAUGUAUUGGCUUUAAUAGUCCAGAAAAUAUCUUUCCUUCACACCCCAAAUUCUACUGCCAUCUCACCAACCAGUACAUACCACAGUAUUCCAUGGCUGUUAACUUUCAGCUCUAGUGUCUUCACUGGCCAUUGUAAAGUUCUUACAAUGACACUUGGCAAAACAUUACAGUAGUCAUUUAGUAAGCACUGAGCAUAGGGCUUAAUAUGUAUUACUGAGUGAUGCAAACUGAGAGUACAAAGGGCAUUCUUUCAUAACAUGUAAAGUCAUAUGUAUUAUGUGAAUUCAUUUCAAAUUUCACAUCUAACAAUACCUCAAUGAAAGCAAAUGCUAAAACCACAUUGAAAAAAAGUAUUUAGAAAAUAAAACUAGACAUCCAUGGUUGUCAAUAGAAACAUGCAAAGAAAGAGGCAAUAAUCACAAUAGUGCCACAUGAUAUAAUGAAUAAGAUAAUCACUUUUGUUGUUUUUUUCUGUUUUAAAUGAACAUUGAGAUAGCAUUGGCAAAUCUAGAGUGUUCUGCUCCUAAAGCUCAGAAACAUAACUUGAAUAAGCUAAAACAACUAUUUUGCAGACAAGCAGUGACUUGACAGUGAUUACUGAAUGUAACUACCUAAUGUAAUUCCACCGCUAAUCUUAUUCUUCCUGUGAACAAAACAUUGCUUUUUUUCCCUUUGAUCUUCUAUUUUUACUGCUAAAAGUGUCUCUUUGUUUUGAUGUAUGCUAGAUUUUUGUAUGCAUUGAAUUGCAUUAAAUGCCUCUGAAAUUGA